AUGAAAUCAGCCGCUCUUCUUGCCGCAGUAUGUGCGACCGCUGUGUUUGCAAAGCCGGAGCAGGUUGAGCCUAGAGCGCUUUUCACUAUCGAAGUCGCUCCUGGAGAGACUCGCCAGAUCACCGAAGAAGAGAGAUGGGAAAUUUCCGCUAGCGGGGGCUGCGGAAGCCAUUUCUUCGACAUCAGCGACUCUCAUGUCGCACCUCUCUCAGUCAAAGCAGGGCCUCCUUACCCGAAGAAGUUCAAAUACCAAGAAAACGUCAAGCGGCUUUUCCCAAAACUCAAGUGGGACAACAUCAAGAAGAACUUGGAGUAUUACUCUACCUUCCACACGCGCUUUUCCGAGACUGAGUCAGGCGCCGAAGCCGCGCAGUGGCUUCUUGGCCAGGUUCAAGAUGUAGUCUUGAAGUCCGGAAAGAAGGGUGUCACCGCCGAGGCAUUCCCCCACGUCCGAUGGCCACAAAACUCCGUCGUCGCACGAGUUCAAGGACGGAGCAACAGGACUGUAGUUGUGGGCGCCCACCUCGACUCCAUCAACGGAGCGGACCGAAUGAACGGACGUGCACCGGGUGUAGACGAUGAUGGUAGCGGAUCGUUCCUUAACCUCGAAGCCCUCCGCGUAUUGCUAAGCGACAAAGACUUUGGCCCCAGCAAGCUGCAAAAUACCAUCGAGUUCCACUGGUAUGCGGCGGAAGAGGGCGGAUUGCGUGGUAGUCAAGAUAUCUUUACGCAGUAUGCGGCUGCCGGCAGGGAUAUCUGGGCCAUGUUGCAGCAGGAUAUGGUUGGAUACACGAAGGCUACUCUUGACGCCGGAAAGCCGGAAAGUUUUGGUCUCAUUACCGACUUUACGGAUCCUGCUCUUAACGAGUACAUCACCCGUGUCAUCAAAGAGUACACCGACAUUACCUACGUCAACAGUACAUGCGGAUAUGCAUGCUCUGAUCAUGGCUCCGCGAUGAGGAGUGGAUUCCCUGCAUCAUUCGUUUUUGAGUCCGCUUUUGAGUACCGAAACCCUCACAUCCACACCGCCAACGAUACGAUGGAACACAUGGAUCCCAAUCACGUAAUUCAGCAUGGUCAGCUCGUUUUGGGAUACAUCUACGAGCUUGGGUUCAGUAAGCAUGAUUUGUAG